AGGUUGAUGAUCAAAUUAGUUACAAAAUAUAUACUAAUAUAUAAUUUUUUAUAUGAAUAUAAAUAUAUAUGAAUAUUCUUGGAGAAGAUGACUCUUCAUCCACCAUAGAAAGCAGUUACUUGAAGACAACCCCAUUUCACCAAAUCUCUACCCAUUAUACAAAUCAAACAUCUUUCAAAUGUCUCUAUGUUUUAUACAUCAUUAUAUGAUCUCCACCACCACCAUCCCUCUCACAUUAUUUCCUCAUGCAUCCUCUUCGCCGGAAAGUCUCUCUUUUUUCUUCUUACACCACAGCCAUGAAACAACGUAAAAACAACAACGUUUCUGUUUUCGUGGUCGUGUGUUCUGUUUUCCUGUUUGGGUUCUUUCUAUACAAUGAAGAUGUUAAGUCCAUUGCCGAAUUUCCAUUCUCUAGUCCUAAGAAUAUUAUAGAUCAUGAAAAAAGAGAAGGUGGUGAUCAUGGGGUGGUUGAGAUUAAUUCGAGGACUACUUUAAUGGUUGAGUCGUCUAAAACAGAAGAUGAGGAUCGGGUUAUUGAGAUGCCCGUUCCUGUGGCGGUUGAGGAAGAGGAGGACAACGAGGAGGUUGAAUUGCCACCGGAAGAAUGUGAUUUGUAUGAUGGGAAUUGGGUUUAUGAUGAUUCAACACAUCCCUUGUAUAAAGAAGAUGAAUGUGAGUUUCUUACGGCCCAAGUCACAUGUAUGAGAAAUGGAAGAAAAGAUUCCAUGUAUCAGAAUUGGAGAUGGCAACCCAAGGGUUGCAACUUACCCAAGUUUAGGGCCAAAUUGUUGUUGGAGAAACUAAGAAACAAGAGGCUUAUGUUUGUUGGCGACUCAUUGAACCGAAAUCAAUGGGAAUCAAUGGUAUGUUUGGCUCAAUCCAUUAUUCCGCCAGGAAGGAAGAGCUUGAACAAAACCGGUUCCCUUUCAAUUUUCAGAAUUGAGGAUUAUAAUGCCACGGUGGAAUUUUACUGGGCACCAUUUUUGGUAGAGUCAAAUUCAGAUGAUCCAACUAUGCAUAGUAUAUUAAACAGAAUCAUAAUGCCUGGAUCCAUUAAAAAGCAUGGUAAACAUUGGAAAAAUGUGGACUAUUUGGUUUUCAACACUUACAUUUGGUGGAUGAACACCUUCACCAUGAAAGUCCUGAGAGGGUCAUUUGACAAAGGAGCAACAGAAUAUGAUGAGGUUGAUAGGCCCGUGGCAUACGCGAGAGUUUUGAGGACAUGGGCUAGAUGGGUCGAUAAGAACAUUGACCCGAACCGAACCACCAUUUUUUUCAGCAGCAUGUCUCCUCUACAUAUCAAGAGCUUAGAUUGGGAUAAUCCUGAUGGCAUCAAAUGUGCGAAAGAGACUAGUCCAAUUCUUAACAUGUCCAUGCCGAUAAAUGUGGGCACAGAUUGGCGACUCUUUACAGCUGCAACUGAUGUAAUUCGGUCCAUGAAGCUCCCGGUCCACUUUUUAAAUAUAACAUCUCUUUCUGAAUACCGUAAAGAUGCACAUACUUCAGUUUAUACAAUUCGUCAAGGGAAGAUGUUAACGGACGAGCAGAAGGCAGACCCAAACACUUACGCAGAUUGUAUACAUUGGUGUCUUCCUGGGUUACCCGACGCUUGGAAUGAGUUUCUCUAUACACGUAUCAUUUCUCGCUCUUGACCAGCGCAAGUCAACACGUACAAAUCGAUUGAUUGGUUUACCUUUUCGUAUAGGAGUUGAAAAUUGAUAUUUUCUUUCGCAUACCUUGUAUCUAGCUAGGGGACACGCCAAUUUUUAUAUUCUUGUAUUUUAUUUUAAUUUUUGGAAAUUUUGUUUUAUAGACA